AUGCAGCUGGCUAUUAACAGAAUCGUCGAAUGGGCAGAAAAAAAGGGUUUUAAGUUCUCUACAUCUAAAACUGUUGCUGUACAUGAUCAGAGGAUAUCAUGUAAGGAAGAGACACGUUUUUUGGGUUUACUGUUCGACAAAAGAAUGACUUGGGUACCUCACCUAAAAGAUCUGAAAGUUAGGUGUAUGCAAGCUCUGAAUGUUUUAAGAGUGCUUUCCCAUACAUCUUGGGGAGCAGAUAGGAAUCACCUAAUGAUCCUCUACAAAGCCAUAGUGGCAUCAAAAUUAGCAUAUGGUUGUGAGGUAUACUCUUCAGCCUCGAAAUCAAAACUAAAUAUUUUAGAUUUGGUACAUAAUGCAGGAAUAAGGAUUGCGAGUGGUGCCUUUAAAUCAUCGCCAAUCCCAAGCCUUUUGGUAGAUUCAGGGGAACUGCCUCUAGAUUCAUGUCGUCAGAUAUCACUUGUUCGAUACUGGCAUAGAAUCCAGAGGAUUCCUGACUCAUUAACUUGCAAAGCAGUUUUUAAUGAUAAAUAUUUUAGCCUUUAUGAACAUAAUCCACGCUAUCCAAAACCUAUUGGAUACAGAGUUUUAAAAAUUUUAGAAGAUUAUUCUAUUCCAAAGGUCAAAGUCUGGCCUUUUAAGUAUUCUGUUGUGCCCCCUUGGAAGCUUCCUUCUGUGGAGCACUGCAGGUUCUUCACUGGUAGCAAGGAAGAGAUGAGUGCUGAGAUGCUGCGCAUCUCCUUUUUUAGAAACAUUUGGCGAAACCAUGACGGUUCAGUCAUAGUUUUUACAGAUGGAUCCAAGUCUGACGCAGGCGUUGGCUAUGGAGUUGUAUUUCCCAAUUUUAAUAAGAAGUGGCUUCAGUUGCUUAAGAUUAAUGGUAGGAAAGUAUCUUUCUGUUGGUCCCCUGCACAUGGUGUGGCAGGAAAUGAAGUAGCAGACUCACCUGCCAAAACAGCUGUCAACCAAAGUCAUAUAACUAGGAUAGAUGGUAAUAGUCAUGGAUUGAAAAGUGCAUUAGUUGUGUCAAGAAAAGUAACUCAAGAGCCAUGUUGGGACAAUGUCUAA